GGAGCCCCUCAGCGUGUCACAUUGUCCCUCAUCGCCGGAGAUUUCCACCCGUAUGCGCCACCCGCGGCCGAGACUGUCUCAUCUUCCGCACUUUAUUUGUGGCAUGAAAGAGGCCUGACCACAAUUGUGCUGCUAUUUGUGUAGUGAUCACGAGCGCGGGGAAAGCAGACAAGCAAUUAUAUGACGUCAUCCCUCAGCGACGUAGGAAGGUAUCCCCGCCCACUCAUCUGCGCAGACAUUCUUAUUGUUGUGGCCAUAGAUCUGUAUGCAGGAACGAAGAUUCUAGCGGAAGGCUCAGGCUAUCAUACGAGGUGCGUGUCUGCACCUUUAGUAACAAAACGGAGCGGAAGAGAAAAUAAAUAAAGAAGGAACGUCAAGGAAGAGACAAAGUGGAUUGUUGGUGAAACAGCUCCUCUUUCCUUGUUCAUGUGGUUUUGCAGUGGCAUGUCUAAUGGUCUCCAGGCUUGGACUGUUCAUCUGAGAAAGGUAUUUUAGGAGACAGGAGCAGACACUUGAGGUGACAGAAGAGUUUUCCACAUACCAUGGCCUCAGCCAAUGACAACGGUAUGGAUGAAAGACUGACACAAAAGAAUUAUGACAACUGUGAGUGGGCUGUUUUAGCAGAUUGUUCUGUGAAGUCAGAGGAUCAUGAUGUAAGAAUUUCAGUUGUUAAGGAGGAGGAGGAGUCUGAGGGAGAAAUCAUUGAGGUUACAGUUGAGGAUUCAGACGAUUCAUCAGAUGGUACUGAACUGCAACAACAUGAAACUGGAAAUAUUUUCAUGCAAGAUAUUUGCAGAGAGUUUCGUUCCAGUUUGCACCCCCAUUUUACUAAUACAGGACAACUGGCUACCCAGCAGAAUUCUAAGGAACUGAAAUCUGACUUUGAAGAGAAAACCAAUGAAGGAAAUGGAAAAGAAGGAGAAGAGCAGCAGGCAUCUAGAAGUGAGAGAAUAAAUUCACAGGACACUUCCAGUUUCUCACAGGCUUCAUCUACUCAGACUUCUCUUCAGUGCAGACAGCAGCACAAAAAGGAGAAGAUGAAGACAACAACAAGAGAAUCAGAGAAUUUGACAUCAGCCACUUUUCAUUGCAAGUCUAUUCCUGGGAGAGAAGCCAUCAACGCUAACCAACAACAAGAGUGUAACACAGAUGAAGCGGCUUUGUGUAUUGGGCAAGAGGGUGGACAAACUGUUAAAAACAAAUCUGAUGGUAGAAAUCUCAAGUUGACUCAAACAAAACCAAAGUAUUAUUACUGUUCUGAGUGUGGCAAACAAUUCCUCCAUAAGAGCAGCCUUCCGGCACAUAUAAGAAAACACACUGGAGAAAAACCUCAUUGCUGUUCUGAAUGUGGUAAACGAUUUUAUGACAGCUACAAGCUACAAAGACACACAAGAAUCCACACUGGAGAAAAGCCUUAUGGCUGUGCUGAAUGUGGUAAAAGAUUCAUUCAAAGUAGCCAUCUUCAGGCACACACAAGAAUUCAUACAGGAGAAAAACCUCAUUGCUGCUCUGAAUGUGGAAAAAGAUUUUCUGACCGUUACACUCUCCAAACACACACAAGGAUCCACACUGGAGAAAAGCCGUAUAGGUGUACAGAAUGUGGGAAAUUGUUCAUUAAAAGUAGCCACCUCCAGAGACACAAAAGGGUUCAUACUGGAGAAAAGCCAUAUGUCUGUUCUGAAUGUGGAAAAAGGUUCUCUGACAGUAGCAGUCUUCGUCUGCACACACGAAUUCAUGCUGGAGAGAAGCCAUUUUCCUGUCCUAAAUGUGGAAAAAGAUUCCUCCAAAAUUGCGGCCUUCAGGCACACAUAAGAGUUCACACUGGAGAAAAACCUUAUUGCUGCUCUGAAUGUGGUAAGCAAUUUUCUGACAGACGUAGUCUUCGACGACAUACAAGAAUCCACACAGGAGAAAAAAGUGGCUAAAUGUGGCAAACAAUUCACUGACCGUAGCCAUUUUCAGAGACACCCAAGUUUAUCCUGGAGUUCAUUGCUGAAACAAAACAUCAAAUCGUGCCAGUUGUGCUGGGAGCAGUAGGACUAAUAAAGAGAAACCUUCCAGCCCAUUUUGACAUCCUGCAUUAACUCCAUCUGAACUGCAGAAGAAAGCAUAAUUUGGAACGAUACAGUUUCUAUCCACAGUCCUCACUGCAAACUUAAGGGAGUAAGAAAUAAAGCAGUUAAACUACACUGUUCAGACUAAUAAGUGAGGUUCACUCAUAAUCUUGUUAACAAACACACCCAUAAAAUAUGGAGAAAUUAGACUUAAGAAAUGCUAUCUGUCUAUUCUGAAUGUGGCAAAAGAUUCUGUCAUACCUGCAGUCUUCAGAAUCGCAUUAGAAUCCAUGCUGUCUUGCAGUUGUGAAUGUGACAGAUGAUUUUCUCAUAACUGCAACAUUCACAAUCAUUUCAAAAAAUUCACACUGAAGAAAAACAUUACUACUGCUUUAAAUGUGAAAAAGGAUUGCCACUUUUACAAAAUUUCCAUGGGCACUUAAGAAUCUACAGUGAAGCCUUGUUGUAAUUAAUGUGGCAAACGAUUCUUAAACAGUAGUGAACUUCAGAACAGUUAAAUAAUUCAUACUGGUAAGAAGUUUCAUGGCUAGUUGGGAUGUGGCCAGCAUUGACACUUCACACUGUAGAUGUCCUACAGGAGUAAACUUGAGUGUGAAGAAUGAAAGAACAGAGCGAGGACUAAAAUGUUACUGUCCUCACUACUCAAGUCUCGGAGAUCUGUACAGGUAUAAGUUAAUGACUGAAUUCAUUAUAAUCCUCAUGAGCAUGAGUGACUAUUAGAUUCAUUUUCAAGCUGUUCCUACAGAUGUGCAGUAGCCGGAAUGUUCCAUAAUUUCAUUAUUUAAAAAGGGACUUUGUUUAAAUAUAAAGGAUGAUUAAUACAUUAGAGGAAAUGGUGGACACGAAUCACAGAAAGAAAAUGGGAAUGAAUACAUGAGAGAGUAACUGUUGAACAUAAAGACCUGGAGGAACCUAUUGAGUUAUGGAAAACAGCUGUGUCACCUAAGGAACGAUCCAGAAAUGUUAUUGAAUGCCUUUGCUUUUAUUGUGAUAUAGUGCACGUUAUUAUAGGGUUGGUGUGGUGGGCGUUUGCAGUCAAACCCUGUUAAAUUUUCUUUAUUCUAUAUUUCACUAGACGGGUACUCUUCUCAAGCUGUCGUGCUGCUCUGAAUUUAUGAACUCUUAUAAAAGAAAAGUACUUCACUCCAAUGUCCCUUAACAACAAGCCCCAGAUAGUGAUGAUAGUGAUAAACCUUUAGGGUGGGCAAGCUACAACAUAUACCAGCCCCUUUAUGUCUCAGGAGAGUGAUGUUACCUUCUGAAAUGAUGACCUUUGUGAUAUUUGUAAUAUGUAGAUCUCAGCCCUUUAUAAUAUUUGGAUACCCCUUGUCUGGAGAAGCACAACCCAGUAACCAACUGGAAAACUAAAGAUACAAGGCGAUGGAGUUGUCACUGCUUAUCAUCCUGCCUUAAAAGUAUAAAGCCAGCUUGAGUACCGUUGGAUUCUAUAAACGUUUAACCACAACACUAUGAAGAUGUUUUAGAUGUGUUCAAUGAGUAAAGCUCUAAUGAACUUCCACUGCAGAGACCUUGUGACUGGACUAUUGAUUUUCUCAAACCCCGGUUCUGUUAACUAAAGGAAACGUUUACAUUCUUACUCGCUUGUAAACUCAAGUGCUGUGAUGGUAAUAUUCAGGAAAUCUUAACUAAUGGCUUUAUAGAACCAUCUAAUAGUCCUAGUUUUUGUUUUUUUUUUUUUGUUAAAAACAAAGAUGGGGGGCUUCAAACAUGUAUUGAUUAUCAUGUACUAAACAAAAUUAUAGUUAAGUAUAGUUAGACGUUUCCAUUAACCUUCGUAAUCAACUUGAUGGAUCAACAAUUUUCACUAAACUUGACCUAAGAAAUGCUUAUAAUUUAAUUAGGAUCGUGAAGGAGUGGACGAUGAUUGCUUUCAACACCACUAAUAGGAAUUCUGAAUAUAAAGUCGUGCCAUAUUUUUUCAAAACUUGAUAGCUUUCGUAAUGUAUGUAUUUAAGUAUUAGUAUACAUCUGCGAUAUUGUAAUGUUUUCCUAAUUCUAAGUUGUGAGAGAAGUUCUUCUUCAUCGUAGGCAAAACCAUUAAAUUGGAAAAGUGUGAAUUUCA